GAUUUGUCUUUGAAGACGUUGGUGCACGCCUGUUAACCUGUCUCAGAUGGAGUCUGUCGCUGCACACAAAGAUGAGGUCACUCACGUUGAGUCGAAAAUUGAAGAGUUGAAAAGAAAGUCUGUGGAUCUCAAAGAUGUUGCUGAUCAUGAAGCUAAGAACGGUAAUGACGAGCCAGUUGUCAAGAAGAUAAGGAAAGAGGCCGGUGACACCGAUGGAGACGAAAAGGCUCACAGUCCAGAGAGUAGAUCGGCUGAGGCUGAGUUGGAUGAAGACGGUACCGAAGACGAUGCCUCACAAGACACCAAAGGCACUAAUGGGACAAGCGAACAUGUGAACGGCAGUAACGGCGAACAUGUCGGUGAACAUCAGAGUGAAAACAACGGGUCCGAUUCCGAUUCAGAAAAGGGUGAUGCACCUUCAGUCGACAAGGAGUCGAACGAAGAGGCCAGUGAUUAACCUCUGCAUUUUUAUGCACUCCAGGCAUUUAUGUCUUUUUGUAACAUUUUUAUCGAUUUUUAUUCUAACCCGGCAGCUUUUGCACAAGUUUAUUAUUCACUUAUAUCUAAUAUAACAGAUGUUCGGACUCAGUGUCUUUUAUUAUCCCUGACUGGGGUCGGUCUUUUCCCGAAUGCUAUUCCACAUGAUCGUGCAUGCAGCCAAUUUAUCUUCCAAUGUAGCCGUGCUUAGGUUUUAAUGCACAAUCAGUCUCACUUUCAUCCACCACUGACGACUUGUAAGAGCUCGCCCUUUCAGAUUUGUCAUGUACGGUCCGUACUAAGUCAGGCGUCUCGUUUCAGCACCUGGCGAUUCCUUAGUGGGUUGGGCUGGGAGUGAGUCUGUGUUUCUCAACAGUUAAAAACUAGCUAUUAACUAUGGGGUCGUUAUGCUGUACGUCAUAGUUCACUUAGGCGAGAGAAGCAUAUUGGUUUUGUUGCGUAAUUUUAGUUUCUGGAAUUCGGCGUACGACUGUAAGUAUACUUCGUCAUAAGGCAGGCUAUGAAAUUGCAGGAAGCCAUAAAGAGUGUGGUGAUUAGUAUUUCACCCUCGUUCCGUAGGGCUUGAAUGUGCCUGGUAACUGUGCGGAUUGUAUGGGUUCCACGGAUUCAAUUUACCAUCCCUAGUUCAAGCGCGUAGGCUUCCUUGUCGAACGUUCCUCUGGAAUAAGCUGCUGACCGAGUUGUUUAUUGAACUAAGUGCUCACUAAAGAUAUAAUCGUUGUAAUGUCAUACUCUGCUUAGGUGUUUUUGUUUAUUGGAUGUGGAGUGAUCGCGUACUGUAUUUGUCAGUAGUCGGACUCUGUAGGACUGUCGUCGUUCCGCAGUUUGAAGACGUAUUUUACGGUGACUUGCGGAAGGUCGCUUUUUCAUGGCGAGAACCGUCAGAAUAGUGUUCCACUUUUUUCUCAAGCAGGCUAUUUUAUGAUCGUUCUGAAGUUCACAACGUACAGCAAAAAGAUACCUGUUCAAUAGGGCACGCGAACCAAGACUUUGUUCUGACAGGAAUUGUGCUGAGAUUAAGCUAAAAGAAUUCUACGUUAGGAUUGUGCAGGAAAUUCAAACGCUGAAAUUUUUCAGUAGCAAAGACAUGAUCACGUCCGAAAAUGUUGCUUGUCCCAACGGGUCCCAAAAAGUAUAAUAGGAUUUGUGCUGUGCACAAUUUAAUAUAAAUACACUAAAUUAGUAUACCGAACACUAGCCUGAGUAUGAUACCUCGAAAUUCAAUAAACGUAGACGUUCUGGCUAAACGGUGAGUUGGGUGUUUGAACUCAGGUUUGACAGCAUAGGAAUGUAAUUAUUGGCAAUGUACUUGAAAAUUCUACGGGAUUUUAACGGUCUGAUUUCCAGACAUUAGUACCAGGUUUGGAGAUUGUGCCUUUCCUUAGGAAAGUCUUCAGGGAUAUUAUGCAGUGUAACGUGUAUAAACUCACCGUUAUGAAGCUAAAUCUUUCUGUCUCCAAGGUAUCUAGGUUCGGGUGCAUCUACAUCUUUAAUGGGAGCCUUAACAUUGCUUUGUUAGCUUUGAUCUUUCUGUAAGAACUACUUAUCAUCAACAUACCAGUCAAACCUUAUUCAAGGAGACUUUUGUCACUGCAGUUCAAUUUGCUAAAGACUAGGUAUUAUCAAUGUCGGCUUCCGAGAUGUUUCAUGUAACUGGGGCAGACCAGCCAUCUUUGGCGACAGUUUGUAAGGCGAUGUAUAGCUCUAGUUAUCUUAAGGCUGAUGUAGCACACUCUCACGGCCUAGAAUAAUUUACGGUAAUGAGCUGAUGGCACUGAAUCUUGGUUUUGCUUUACGCUUUCAUUGAAGUGGUGUUCAAGAGUAAAUAUACUCAUAGCUUCAACUAUAUUCUGAUCGAGUGGUUUUGUUCAGUCCUCUAUGGGUGCACUAAAGUCCCCCAAGACUGAGCAUCUCACGGCAGAUCAUUUGUGAAGUUCCUCUAGCAACAAAUGGUUUGCUUCACAGUCGCCCAGAUCUGUACUGAACUCGUAUUCAGCACAUUUCGUGGUUUAAGUAAUGACUAGCCACUUCACAUACUCCAAUGAAACAUUCUCGUUAACAACAAUCUGUGUCUUAUUUUUGGUAGGAAGUAGUACAGGAGGAUUCAAACUAUCAAUACAAGAUGAAGUAAACUUCACCAUUUUGCAUAAGCUAGUGGUUAUAUGGACUCAGUAGCUAGGUGAGUAACGCGACGGCGUUUGGAGCGAAACGUACUAUGUUCAAGUCCCGAGGUAAACAUACAGCUGACGAGUCCCGAACAGGGCGAAAUGCGCGUCUUGGAUUUCACUGCGAAUCACCAUCUGUCUCUGUUUAUUUUUAGUUCCGUUUGCCUUAACUCAGCGGUGUAAUAAAUUACUUCUGUCCGUAGUUUAAUUCUUUUGUAUCUGAAUGUUAUACUAAUUAAACACUUAACCUUUCAUAUUCAUGGUCUAAGAGCAUAUAGAAAGGGAAUGACUAGAUAAUCAAGAAAUAUUCUUUAGUGAAUCAAUUUAACCUAUCCAUUUCCC